AUGAAGGCCGCUACCAUCAUCUCUCUUCUGAGCGUUACCGGACUCGUCGCUGCUGCUCCGGUUCACAAUGGUGCAGCUGGCGGAAAUCUCGCCCGCGCCGAUCCCUUUUAUACUGGUGGAACAACACCAGGGUUAACUGGAACACUUAGUAACGACAUAAUAGGUGACGUGAUGAACAGUGGCGAGACUUCUCAGAACCAUGCUGGUGCUACUGGUAGUGAUGCUGGUGUUGCUGGUGCUACUGGUGCUGCUGGUAGUGCUGAUCGUUAUGGUGGUGGUGGUGGUGGUGCUGAUGGUGCUGAUGGUUAUGGUGGUCCUGGUGGUGCUGGUGGUGCUGAUGAUGGUGCCUAG